UUCACAUAUAUCCCAAAACCAUACCCUUUUGUUUGGUAUCAGCAGAAAAACACAAAACAAAACCCUAAUACCAAAACCAUUUUGUUAUAGCAAAUCAUCAAUCAAUGGCGGUGGAAACAGCAAACCAACCAAAAAUCCGAUGGGGAGAAUUAGAAGACGAUGCAGAGGACUUAGAUUUCCUGUUACCACCGAAACAAGUAUUUGGACCAGAUUCAAAUGGGGUAAAGAAAGUAGUGGAAUACAAGUUUAAUGAUGAAGGUAACAAGGUGAAAAUAACAACCACAACACGUAUACGUAAGCUAGCUAAUGCUAGGCUCAGUAAAGGUGCUAUUGAGAGGAGGAAUUGGCCUAAAUUUGGUGAUGCUGUUCACGAAGAUGUUGGUGCUAGACUUACUAUGGUUUCUACUGAGGAAAUUAUUCUUGAACGUCCUAGAGCUCCUGGUUCCAACAAAGAUGAAGCUAAAGCUAGUGGAGACUCAUUGGCUCAAAUUGGGAAAGCAGGGGCUGUUCUUAUGGUUUGUAGGACCUGUGGCAAGAAGGGUGAUCACUGGACAUCAAAAUGCCCUUUCAAGGAUCUUGCUCAGCCAAGUGAAACCUUCAUGGAUAAGCCACCUUCAGCUGAAGCGCCUGCUGCUGGUGGGGCCGGUUCUCAAAAGAGUGCUUAUGUUCCUCCGAGCAUGAGAGGUGGUGCUGCAGAGAGAGCAGGUGGUGGCGGGACUGAGAUGAGAAGAAGGAAUGAAGAAAACUCUGUUAGGGUCACCAACCUUUCUGAGGACACUCGGGAGGCUGAUUUGUUGGAGCUGUUCCGUCCCUUUGGUCAUGUCAGCAGAGUGUAUGUUGCCAUUGAUCAAAAGACGGGAAUGAGCAGAGGAUUUGGUUUUGUCAACUUUGUCAACAGAGAAGAUGCCGAUAAGGCUAUAAACAAGCUCAAUGGUUAUGGUUAUGACAAUCUCAUUCUUAGAGUUGAAUGGGCUGCUCCAAGAGCUACUUGAGUGUUUCGUUCCUUGAACCAACACCGCGUUAUUUAACCUUGCUGUGGGAACCAAAAAAACAUCCAUUUUCUUUUGUGUCUGUGGUCUUGCGGUCUCUUGAACACUGUUUUUAUUUUGAGUUCCUGUUCAAUGAAGAAUGUCGUCUAUGAAGAAGUUUUGGAAUAUAAACGUUCGCCAGGUUUUUCAA